AAGAGCUUAUCUUCCAGAAUUGUUCUUCGUAGAGCUCCAAAGUCUUAAACAACAAAAAAUGAAAAUUCUUCACCUUUCAGCUCUCAAUUCAGCUAAACCAACAAUUAUCAAUCUAGAGCAACAAUCUUACGGUGCAAUCACACAAACCCAGAUCGUGUUGCAUCGUAACAAGAGACAAUCUUUCUCGAUAAACUGCUCAAACAGUGGCAACAACAAUGGCGGUGGCGAUGGGAAGAUUUCUCAGCCGUUGGAUGGAGUGGAGAUAAGAUUCAAAAGAGGAUCUAGAAAGAAAAUGAGAGAAGAAGGUUCAGGAGAAGGAGGAAGAGGGCAAACCGGGAAAAAAGCAGAGACUAUUCAAAAGCCAUGGGAAGAGAUGACACUGAAUGAGAAAGCAUUGGAGCUUUAUGUAGGAGAAAAAGGUUUGUUGUUUUGGCUGAACAAAUUGGCUUACGCUUCCAUCUACAUUGUGAUUGGAGGUUGGAUUCUUUUCCGGUUUGUUGGACCGGCUUUGAAUCUUUAUCAGCUUGACACACCGCCUCUUGAUCCUAAAAACAUCUUGAAGGGUUAAAAAGCUUUUCUGUUCCAAACAUUAUGAGUUUGUAUUGAAGUUAGUUUCGACUAAUGUGUAGCCAAAUCGGAAAAGUUAAAGAAAAAAUCCAAGUUUUAAUGA